GCUGUAAAGUUUUAAUAAAACUAAAACUUUGGUGUCUUAAAAUUAUGAUAAAAUGAGGGCCUUUUUAGCUGAGGAUAACAUUUGCGCUCAAAACUUAUUAAAAUUAGUAUCCCAUGGAAAUGCCAUAGUUGCUGAAAUACAAAGAUUAAAAGAUCACAUACCUUCUAUUUACAGGUUGGAAGGCAAAGAAACUCAACAAAAAUAUCAGGAUGUUAUCCCUGACUUCAGUUACUUCAAAGUAUCAGAUAAUCAUGAAAAGAAGAUUGCUGCUAACAGUAAACUGCAAGAUUUGGAUGAUGACUUGAAGGAGCAGUACCUGGAGUUGAUAAACCGGUACUUCCUGCUGUUUGAGAACAUCUACCAGUAUGUGGUGGACCUGAACACCUUUGUGGACCAACUCAACGACGAGGUCUUCAUCCAGCAGAAGAUUGAAACCAUUUUGAAAGAUGUUGAAGGAAAACAACUCUUGUGUGAAUCCAUAUACCUAUAUGGGGCUAUGCUGUUGAUAUGUGACCUGUACAUACCUGGGCCAGUUCGGGAGAGAUUGUUGGUAGCAUUCUAUAGAUACAGCACUAGUCAGUCACAGUCAAAUGUGGACGAUGUGUGUAAACUACUGAGAGACACCGGCUACGACCAGCAGCAUGGGAAGAGGCCGUCUGACUACCCUGUUGAGUAUUUUAGUCGGGUGAACAUCAAUGCAAGUUUUAUUGAGAAGGUGAUAGGCAAGUUGCGAUCCGAGGAUGUGUACAACCAGCUGUCAGUAUACGCGGCUCCGGAGCAGCGGUGCGGCGCGCUGGUGGCGCAGGCCGGCAUGUUGUUUGUCUGUCUCUUCUUCUCCCCACAAACCCUGCACACCGACACUGCCAAAAUGAGGGAGAUAGUCGACAAGUUCUUCCCCAGCAACUGGAUUGUGUCCGUGUACAUGGGCAUCACGAUCAACGUCAUCGACUACUGGGAGAACUUUAAAGCCGCCAAAUCUGCGUUGAGCAAUACGUGUAAUAACAAAAAUGUGAAAGAUAUUUUUGGUAAGCGCGGCAGUGCAGUCCCUAUGUUGCUCACUAAAACGCAGCAAGUCUUGAAGGAGGGCACGUUAACUGACGAUUUUGUAUUGGAUAACAUUAAUAAAAUACUAAAUCUGAUCAUCAAUUCGAAUUUUGUUAUACGAUGGCUACUUUUGCAUAAUGGCUCUGUUAUGUUUUACGAUAAUAAUAAGAAAAGCAAGCAGUUGAGAGAACUAGUUCAGAAGGAAUCUAAUUACGAUGCCAACACGCUUCUCGAGCUGUUAAUCAGUACAGCAGAGCUGGAGCUGAAGAUACGAGAGAUCUUGAACAGGUUACUUGAAGAGCGAGACGAGACAUGGACAAGGAACAAGCAAUCAGCUCUAGAAGCUAUCAACAGUUUGGCAGAACUAUUUUCCGGGUCCAAUCCUAUCACAAAAAUACCUGAAAACGGGCAGUUGAAAUUAUGGUUCGAUAACAUAGCCAAACAGAUCACGUCCGUAAGUGAAAAGGUGUCAACAAAGUCCAUGAAGAAGAUAACCCAACUCAUCCAAGCUUUAGAUGAAGUUGAAGAGUUUCAUGGCAUUAAAACUACUUCUACUAUAGUGCAGUAUUUGAACGAAGCUAAAGACGCAUUGAAGAAUACACUGCGGGCGGCGGCUCUGAAAGAGGAAUCUCUGGUGACAUUGGAAACAGUGGCAGACGUCAGCUACGCGUGGUGCCUCAUAGACUCAUACACGACAAUGAUGCAGGACAAAAUCAAGGAAAACCCAGCAGUAACGAGCCGACUUCGAGCUUUAUUCCUAAAACUAGCCAGUGCAAUGGAGAUACCUCUGUUACGGAUCAACCAGGCGCACAGCGAAGACUUGGUAUCAGUUUCACAAUACUACAGCAACGAGCUAAUAAAGUACAUUCAGAAGGUGCUGCAGAUAAUCCCCGAGAUGGUGUUCAGUAUAGUGGAGAAGAUCGUGGAGCUACAGACGUGGAGCAUCAAGGAGGUGCCCACGCGACUGGAGAAGGACCGGCUGAGGGAGUUCGCGCAAUUGGAACAGAGGAUGGAGGUCGCCAAGCUGACGCAUUCCGCUUCCACCUUCACCACGGGUAUAUUGGACAUGCGAUCUACUUUGGUUGGCGUGAUCAGAGUAGAUCCUGCAGAGUUAUUAGAAGAAGGUUUGCUCAAAGAGUUGGCCAAACAUUUGAGCAAAAAGUUCGAAGAGCUACUAGAACCACAAAUGAAGAGAAAUCAGUCGUUACUGACGAACUUCCUGCCUCGAUUACAGAAACUAGCUGAGAGUAUGGACGGGUAUAAACGAUCACUGGAAUAUAUUCAAGAUUACAUCAAUAUGCAUGGAUUGAAGAUUUGGCAGAAACAAGUAUCGGCGAUAAUCAACGAAAGUGUUGCCAAAGAGAUUAGUCUUCGUAAAGGAGUGACGCUGUACAGCCCGUCAGCUGGCUUCAUGGGCAGCCUGGCUCGUCAGGUUGCACAGCUGGUAGACGCCAGAGUUUGCACCUACGUGCCAGUCAACGCAGCAUGGUUCGACGCAAAAACACAGACAGAAGUGGUGAACACAAAGACUUUUGCCAAAUUGAACGAGGCCGUCGGCGUGAUCGGCCUGCAUGGUUUGGACGCCCUGUACGCAUUCAUGAUCAAAAACCAACUGCAGUUAGUCCAGCAAAUACUCCGGAAUAUACAAGACAAACUGCCCUUGGGUAACGUGGCCGAAGCGGAUGCGAAUCAAAUGCCUAAGGAUGUUGAGCAAAUUAUAGUGAAAGGGAUGAAGACUUUACAACAGUUGACUGAAGUGCUGGUGCUGAUUGGCACACUACAGACGCUGAGGAAGCACAUUGCGUAUCAAAUUAAUACGACUUGCAAGUUCGAUUCUGCGCAUUUAGAAGCCUCCCUGAGGACUAUGAAUGAAUCUCUCAUGGACGAGCUAAAAUCGACUUCAAAUAAAAACAUGCCGCCAAAAGUCUCUACAGAACUAAUGCACAAUUUGGACAACUAUUUAACUAGAUGUGGGUUGUAUGACCCCUUCAGCAAGAUCUACGUCAAGAGUGCCCCGGAGUUCACUAACAGCGACAUAAGCAGUUUACUGGCCAUCCUUAUUAUUUCACAGUAUCCGAGAUUGCAGCUAUGCCACACUACAGGUGAUCUAGUGACGAAGAAGCCCGGAGACAACAUAGAUGGCUACCCGCUGCUAGUGGGAGUGAACACGCUACUGCACCAGGCGGCCACCAACAACGUGGAUCAUUUCAUCAACUUCCUCUGCAAUUACGCUAAAGGAGUUACACUUUUGAAAUGUAAACUGCCUGAUCAAGGUGUGGAAGGAACCUACACUGUAAGAGUAUUGGAGCUAUUCUGCGAGACAUUUAACUACCCUUUUAAUACAUUAGAAGACAAACUACCACUAGCAUUACUGACAAACAUAACUAUGAAAUAAUACAUUCCAGCAUUGAGAUUAUAAUUUAUGUAUUUACAAAUAUUGUUAAUUAAAUAGAUAUAAUAAGAAUUUUUUAUCCUUACAAAAUGUUAUUAUAGAAAUAAAUAUUUUUAUUGCAUGUAA